AUGCAUGCUCUCAAGGACAAGGUCUCGCAGAAGCUCUCGAAUCUCUUCGCCGAUCCCCCUAGCCAAUCUGCUUCUCCUCGUUAUUCGCUCACCCAUUCUCCAAAGGACUGGCAAAAUUCAAGUUCUGGGAAUGAGAAUGAGGAGGAGUCUGAUGGAAAUGGAAAAAACCAAGCUGGGACAAUGAUCUCGAAUGGCCAAGACAAGGGCAGUGAGUUACGUGUUUCUGCCAAAGUAGAAACCGGCUAUGAUGAAGGGCUAAGGCAAAUAACAGAAAGCUCUGCUUUUAUCUCUGCUAACUUGUUUGAGUUCUUGCACGCGUGUCUUCCAAAUAUCGUAAGAGGUUGCAAAUGGAUCUUGUUAUAUAGUACGUUGAAACAUGGUAUAUCGCUUCGUACGCUUCUGCGUAGAAGCGCAGACCUUCCUGGUCCUUGUUUAUUGGUUGCUGGAGACAAACAAGGUGCAGUUUUUGGCGCUAUGUUGGAAUGUCCGCUGAGAACUACUCCUAAGAGGAAAUAUCAGGGUACAAACCAAACAUUCAUGUUCACAACAAUCUAUGGUCAACCACGCAUAUUUAGACCUACAGGUGCCAACCGAUAUUACUAUAUGUGUAUGAAUGAAUUAUUGGCGUUUGGAGGUGGAGGAAGCUUUGCUCUAUGUUUAGACGAAGAUUUGUUGAAAGCAACAAGUGGACCUUCUGAAACAUUUGGGAACGAAUGCUUAGCUAGCAGCACAGAAUUUGAGUUAAAGAAUGUCGAGCUCUGGGGAUUUGCACAUGCGUCUCAAUACCUCUAA